GCGGGUUUGCAGACACUCAUUGGCACAGUGCCAACUAUGUUUCGUUUGUCCGCCACUACGGAGUCGACAGUGUCAGGGUUAUCCUACCGUUGCUCUAAUUCUAGAGAAAAUCUAUUAAAUUAUGGCUGCCAUUGGACGUCCUCUCGCCGGUGCACUGGGCCGCCUCACCACUCAGUGCAUUGUGCAACGCAGCCUCCAUAAUGCUUCAGCUGCUCCAUUUUCUACUGGGCUGCCUGCCAGCAAGCCUGAGCAACGCCUAACUGCUACUCUGAUACCUGGGGAUGGGGUUGGGCCAGAAUUGUGUCAUGUGGUCAUGGACGUGUUUAAAGCUGCAGGCAUCCCAGUGGACUUUGAGCAGCUCUACAUCAGCGAGAUUGACCCUCAUCGUUCCGAGCCUCUCGAGACCGUCGUGGAGAGCAUCAAGAGGAAUGGUAUUUGUCUUAAAGGAAUCCUUGCUUCCCCUGAAUACAACGCUGACGGCGAGGCUAAAACUCUCAACAUGAAGCUCAGGGAUGAACUUGAUCUCUACGCUAACGUAGUGCACGUCAAGUCCUUGCCCGGCCUCAAGUGCAACCACGUACGCCACAAGAACGUCGACAUGAUCGUCAUACGUGAGCAGACUGAGGGAGAGUACAGCGCCCUCGAGCAUGAGAGUGUUAAAGGUGUGGUGGAGUGUCUGAAGAUCACGACGCGGGAGAAGUGCAACCGCAUCGCCAAGUUUGCGUUCGAUUAUGCGCUCAAGCACGGCCGCAAGAAGGUCACGGCUGUGCACAAGGCAAACAUCAUGAAGCUCGGCGACGGUCUCUUCCUCAAGUCUUGCGCUGACGUAGCCGCCAUGUACCCGGACAUCGAGUUCAACAACAUGAUCAUCGACAACUGCGCCAUGCAGCUCGUGUCCAACCCUCACCAGUUCGACGUGAUGGUCUUGCCUAACUUGUACGGCAACAUUGUGGACAACCUCGCCGCCGGGCUCGUGGGGGGCGCUGGCGUCGUCGCGGGGUCUUCUUAUUCUUCGCACUGUGUCGUUUUCGAACAGGGCGCCCGUCAUACGUUCGCUGAGGGCAUGGGCAAGAAUGUUGCGAACCCAACAGCGAUGUUGCUCUGCUCCGCCAACAUGUUGAAGCACGCAGGCCUCGACCAGUACAGCGCCAUCAUUAAAGGAGCUGUUGAUAAAGUCAUUAAGGCCGGCAAGGUGAAGACUCGCGACAUCGGAGGUUAUAGCAAAACUUCCGAGUUUGAGCGAGCAAUCAUUGAGAAUCUUCACAGCGGAUAAACUCCGAUCACUUCUUCGCCAUGGAAAUAUUAUGCGUACAUCGAUCACUUCUUCGCCAUGGAAAUCUUGGUGUCGUUCUUUGCCUGUCGUGAUAUUUGGUGUCAGUCUUGGAAUGCUCACCUAUUAUGGGUCGGCAAUUCUAAGCAUUAAUAAUGUGCACGAUUAUAACAAAUGGUUUGGGAUGGUGUUUAAAUUAGACGAGAUUUUAUGUAUAUACAAGAGUAACAGAAUUUAGAGAAAAUCUUUCCAUCUAUUCGAAAAUUUAUAAAAAUUUCAUCGUUUAAAAAAAUACAUUUCGUGGUUUCGAACAAAUCAGGGUGAAUAAGGUUGUUUACAAUUCCCAUGGUCAGGCUUUGAAAUAAAUGAAACUAUUGCUUUAACUUCGGAUUAAAGACCAGUAAUUUUCACAUCCAAUUCCAUGACUCCUUGUGCACGUAAUGUGAUCUCUUCUAAAAGCUGCUCUCUUUUUAUGUUUGACGUUUGCUUCUGUACCAGCUUUUUAGAUUCGU